AUGUACACUAAGAAUUACCUGGGGACCUCUCUUCUUCGGCGCUGCCUAUGGAGGAGGCAGCCAUCUCCCACCGGCAUCGUGGCUGCCCUCAGACCCUUGGUGGAGCCUAAGAUUGUAAAAAAGAGGACCAAGAAGUUCAUCCGGCACCAAUCUGACCACUAUGUCAAGAUUAAGCGCAACUGGUGCAAGCCCAGAGUCACUGACAACAGGGUGAGGAGAAGAUGCAAGGGCCAGAUCUUGAUGCCCAACAUUGGUUACGGGAGCAACAAGAAGACCAAGCACAUGCUGCCCAGUGGUUUCCGCAAGUUCCUGGUCCACAACGUCAAGGAGUUGGAAGUGCUGGUGAUGUGCAACAAGUCUUACUGGGCAGAGAUUGCUCACCACGUUUCCUCCAAGAAUCGCAAAGCCAUUGUAGAAAGAGCAGCCCAGCUGGCCAUCAUAGUCACCAAUCCCAACACCAGGCUGUGCAGCAAAGAAAAUGAGCAGAUGGCCCAUUUGCGAGUUUUAUUUGUGCUAAAUAAAACCAUAAAUGAAAAAGAAUUACCUGGGGAUCUAUAG